AUGAAGCUACAACUGGAUGUCAUCUUUGCUGUCCUUGUGUUUACUGUUGUCAUGACAACGUCCAAGCGGUCACCACGCAGGAACAGGAACCAGGUGGAGUUGCAGGAUGCUGCUGAAGAUACUGCCGUGGAGGAAGCGGUGGGCGGAGACGAUGUUUGCGAGCUGGAAGUCACGUGCAAGGGUGGGAGGAGUCUGCCUGUCAGUCUGCCAAUCAAAGCACCACGGGGUCCAGCUGGUAAGCCCGGGACCCCAGGACUGCCGGGAAAACAAGGUCCACCAGGUACUCCGGUGUGUCCGGACAGAGUGGCGUUUUUCGUGGGUUUAAGUCUCAACGUGGGUCCAGUCAGCGACAACUCCGACCUACCUUUCGACAAAGUCAUUACUAACGUCGGAAAUGCAUUUAACCCGGAGACUGGGAGAUUUACUGCCCCUUUCAACGGAACCUUUCUCUUCUCACUGACUAUAGCGGCUCAGGGGAGACAACGGGUAAAUCACUUUGUCUGUUUGAAUAAGUACGCUGCUGUGGAGCUGGUUCUGAACCGGAAGAUGAUCGCAACCAUUUGGGCUGAGAGUAUCCCCUACUGGGCUUCCGCCUCCAACACCGCCAUCUUGAACAUGGAGGCCGGCGACCAGGUGUGGCUGGUGCUCCUCAGCAGAGCGCCCUAUCUCCAUGGUUACAUGUACACCACUUUCUCGGGCCAUUGCCUCUAUCGGGGUGUUUGA